GCCUCCCCGAGUCUCACUGUUCCGAGGCGCUCCAGCCGUGGCCACUCUGGGUGAGUCAGGGGCACCGGCGGGAAGCGCUGGACGAGCCCACUCCGCGGCCGCCGUAGGGGAGCUGCGGAGUCAAGAUGAGCGGAGAGGAGAACCCAGCCAGCAAGCCCACGCCGGUGCAGGACGUGCAGGGCGACGGGCGCUGGAUGUCCCUGCACCAUCGAUUCGUGGCAGACAGUAAGGAUAAGGAACCUGAAGUCGUCUUCAUCGGAGACUCCUCAGUCCAGUUAAUGCACCAGUGCGAGAUCUGGCGGGAACUCUUCUCUCCUCUGCAUGCCCUUAACUUUGGCAUUGGUGGUGACAGUACACAGCAUGUACUGUGGCGGCUGGAGAAUGGGGAGCUGGAACAUAUCCGGCCCAAGAUCGUGGUGGUCUGGGUGGGCACCAACAACCAUGGACACACAGCAGAGCAGGUGGCUGGCGGCAUCAAGGCCAUUGUGGAACUAGUGAACAAGCGGCAGCCUCAGGCCCGGGUCGUGGUGUUGGGCCUGCUUCCAAGAGGCCAGCAUCCUAACCCACUUCGAGAGAAGAACCAACAGGUGAAUGAGCUGAUUCGGGCAGCAUUGGCUGGCCACCCUCGGGCCCACUUCCUGGAUGCUGACCCUGGCUUCGUACACUCAGAUGGCACCAUAAGCCACCAUGACAUGUAUGAUUACCUGCAUCUGAGCCGCCUGGGCUACACACCUGUCUGCCGGUCCUUGCACUCCCUGCUUCUGCGUCUGCUGGCCCAAGACCAGGGCCAAGGUGUUUCCCUUCCAGAGCCCACACCCUAAACAUUCUACCUUCCCGCAUUAAAUUCUUCUUCCACAGU